AUGCUCGUGAGAUCUGCGCAACCUACGGUCUCGCCAGUGGAGAAACCCGCGUGCAUCGACUCAUCUUCAGAGCACGUCAUUCAAUUGCAGCAACUAGAAGACACGCAGCCAGACCAACAGCCUCUACAGACUCACGUGAAGCCAAGGAGGAGCUCUCGCGUUCGCAGAUUAACUAAGACCAAUACACCGGAUUUUUCAGCAAGAUCGAGUCGACCAUCACGUCGCAAGAAAAUUUGUAAAGCUCUCCAAUCUCUAAAGGCGAGAUACUCUAUCGAGUACUGUGGCGGACAAAAAAAAUACGGUCCUCUACCCCGGACGUGGGAGCCGCACAAGAUGCUGUCAGAGGACGGUUUUAAAGAUAUGCUGGCCAUUGUGGACGAAUGA